AUGGAUCAAUCCCGAGCAACAGGAAUCUCCCUCCAAGACCUCAACAGAACCGGUCUCGAAGAAAGAUCCCGAGCAAACCAAAAUGACAUCUCCGCCAACCCCUCCGAAACAGACAUCAUGCAGCAAUCCCUCCUAGCAGACUCCCAAGUCCCUGACGGCGGCGAAGCCUGGGUCGUGAUCUCCGGCUGCGCAGUAGUAACAUGGUGGUUCAUUGGAACAAGUUACUGCUGGGGAAUUCUCCAAGCAGCACUCGUCAAAGAAGGCGUCUCAUCAUCAUCGACACUUGCAUUCGUCGGAUCACUAGCAACAGCAUGUAUCUCAUUCCUUGGAAUCCUGAACGCCCGCGUAAUCCGCAAAUUGGGAACGAGGUACUCUGCAAUGGCUGGGAUCUUCUUCCUCGGCCUGGGCGAGGUGCUGAGCGGGUUUUCGGCUAUGAGUAUUGGGGGUUUGUUCGCGACUGCGGGUGUGGUUAUGGGGAUCGGAAUUAGUCUUUGUUUCAUGGUCGUCUCAAUUACACCGGCGCAGUAUUUCCGGGCCAAGCGCGGAAUCGCGAAUGGGAUCGUCUAUGCUGCUGGUGGACUUGGUGGCGCGGUGAUCAGUUUCGUCAUGAAUGCAUUGCUUGAUCGCGUCGGCGUGCAGUGGACUUUCCGUAUCAUCGGCUUCGCUACAUGGGGCACGGGUUUACCCGCUGCAUACCUGAUCAAACAGCGGGUUCCGAUUCCGCCUUCGGCGGUUGUGGACUGGCGUCUAUUCCGUGACAUACGGUUCGUGCUCUUAUUCGCAAUGGGUGCUAUCGCUACAUUCCCGCUUCUGGUUCCGCCGUUCUUCUUGCCGCUUUUCACGGCCUCACUGGGCAUGUCGUCUAGUACAGGGGCGGGUGUUGUAGCUGCGUUCAAUUUUUCUUCCGCGCUCGGCAGGCUGCUGUGUGGGCUUUGCAGUGAUUUUGUUGGACCGCUGAAUACUUUGUUCAUGUCCCUGCUGCUGAGUGCUGUGAGCAUGCUGGCUAUCUGGCCUGUGUCUACGUCCUUAGGUCCAUUGAUUGUCUUUGUGAUUGUGAACGGUAUGGCUAAUGGUGGAUUUUUUUCCACUAUGCCCACUGUCGUUGGGAAUACCUUUGGAUCGGCGCGAGUGUCUGUGGUUAUGGGCAUGGUUGUUACAGGCUGGGCAGGAGGGUAUCUGCUUGGCGCACCGAUUGCUGGAUAUAUCCUCAAUGCGGCUGGUGGAGAGAACAACGGUAUCACCAGCUACCGCCCAGCCAUUUUCUAUGCUGGUGCGAUGACUAUUGUUGCUGCUUUGAUUGGAUUGUCCAUCCGACUGAAGACCGACAAAAAGCUUCUCAAGAAGCUCUAG